UAUAGAGUAUCGCUCGCUUGUUCUAACUAGUAAAAUACAAGACUUAGCCUUGGCCAGUCUGCAAUUAUGGUUUUUGUAAAACAAAGCCAGGAGCCGUAAAUUGAAAAUAUUUCUUAACAUACAAAAUGGAAGCCAUAAACGGAACUGCUCAAAUCUUAGAAGUUUCUAGUGGCAAUAAUGAAAGUAUCAAAGAUGAAAGUAACACGAACAAAGAAAUAAAUUACGACGAGCUACUUUCGUCCGCUGGUGAAUUUGGACUUUAUCAAAUAUUUUUGUUUUGUUUAACGUUUCCAUUUUACAUUUUCGGUGUUUUUGCGUAUUAUACUCAAUUAUUUUUGACCGAAGUUUCACCGAAUCAUUGGUGCUGGAUCCCUGAACUAGAAAAUCUAACACAAAUUGAAAGAAGAAACCUCGCAAUACCUCUAGAUUCCAGUGCACAAUUCGGAUAUUCACACUGUGAAGCAUUUGUAGCUAAUUGGAGUGAAGUUUUAUUAGCACAUCAAAAACCUAACGAAACAUGGACAAGGCAAUCCUGUCAAUAUGGAUGGGAAUUUAAUAAAACAGAAAUACCAUAUCCGACGAUUUCGAGCGAAUUAGGUUGGGUUUGUGAUAAAAAUAGUAAUCAAGCAACAGCGCAAGCUAUAUUCUUUAUCGGAUCUAUCGUAGGAGGAUUCGUCGUCGGCUGGGUUGCUGAUCGAUUUGGUAGAUUACCAGCUGCCACUUUAAGUAACUUGAUUGGAUGCGUGGCAGGUAUUGUUAGCAUUUAUGCAAACAACUUUUUACAGUUUUCUAUUUGUCGAUUCCUGCUUGGUAUGUCUUAUGAUAAUUGUAUGAUGAUGACAUAUCUUCUUGUGUUAGAAUAUGUUGCGCCUAAAUAUAGAACAAUUAUUGCGAAUUUGCCUUUUGCUAUAUUUUAUACAAUUGGUGCUACAGCAUUGCCCUGGAUUGCUCUCGCUUGUGGACAUUGGAAAACGAUUAGCUUAGCGACGAGUAUUCCAAUGGCUCUAGCUAUUUUAGCUCCAUUUGUCAUACCAGAAAGCCCACGGUGGCUCCUUUCUAAGGGACGUAUCGAUGAGGCUAUUAGUAAAGUAGUCACUAUCGGUCGUGUGAACAAACAAGAAGUACCUCUAAAAUUAAUCGAACAAUUUAAAGUGUCAAAUUAUAAUAAUAAAGAAGAAAAUACUAGUAUCAUAAGUAUGUUAAAGAUAACAAAAUUAAGAAAAAAUUUUAUUUGCAUGUGUUUGGUAUAUAUGUGUUCAUUAUCUGUGUUUGAUGCUUUAGUAAGAAGUAUCGGUGGCUUGGAAUUUGAUUUCUUUUUAUCUUUUACACUUGUGUCAUUCACUGAAUUUCCUUCCUUGGUACUAGUUUCAUUUAUUUUAGACAUAACGGGUAGAAAAUGGACUUGUAUAGUAGCACUUUUAGUUAGUUGUAUAUUUAGUGUAUUAACUGCUUUUAUUGGAAGCGGUUUGCCAUCAGUAUUGUGUGCAAUCAUAUCAAGGUUUGCAGUUAAUAUGGCUUGUAACAUUACUACACAAUGGGCUGCAGAAAUAUUGCCGACAAAUGUAAGAGGCUCCGGUGCAUCAAUCGUCCAUAUUUGUAGUUAUGUUGGCAUUUUUAUAUCACCGUAUAUUAUUUACUUGAGGAACUUUAUAACAUGGUUACCCUUAGUCAUAGUAGGAUUUAUUGCCUUACUAGGAGCGUUACUCGCACUCACUUUGCCUGAAACGGCAGGAAUAGAUAUGCCUCAAACCUUUGAUGAUACGGUUAACAUGAUUGAUGGUCAAAAAUUCUUUGACAUACCUUGUCUAAGGAAGAAUAAAACAAAAGAUGUUGGAAAUGUAAAUUUGUCUUUCGAGAUGAAUUGAUACUUAAAAACCGUAACAAAGGAAUUGUCAACUUUGUUUUCCUUAAGAAUAUUUAUAAUAUUACUAGUUGAACCGACGGCUUUACACAAAGCC